AUGAAGAAGUCUGAUACUGCUUAUGUGGAUGGAGAGGUGGACAAGGGUGGUGUUGAGAGCCAUGUUGAGGAGGUUGCUUUGGCACGGUUGACAGAAGAGGAUGUCUGGAAGCUAUCCCGGGAUUCUCUGACGGUCUGGUCCUGGACUGGAGUCCGACUAGGCCUGAUCAUGUUUGUUCAUGGCUGCAAUCAAGCUGGCUUUGGAAUCGACUGGGGUGUCAUCAGUGGCAUCAAUGCUAUGCCUUCAUGGCAUACCUACCUCGGUUUCGACACCAGUGGUGGCACAUACGGGUUGAUCAAUGCUCUGAUGCAAAUUGGUACUGUCUGUGGAGCAGUCUUCAUGGGUCUUGCAGAUGUGAUCGGUCGUCGCGGAAUCAAUUUCGCCGGUAACGCCAUUGUCAUUUUCGCUUCUCUUCUACAAGGUCUCGCAACGAAUCUGCCGAUGUUCAUGGCUGGUCGAUUCUUCAUGGGCUUUGGCACGGCUCUCAUGUCGAGCUCUCAGUACAUUGGUGAAAUCUCGCCUAUUCAUCUCCGUGGCCGCAUGGUUGGCUUUUUCGGUGCUUGCUUCCAAGUGGGUAGUCUUGUCAUGCUCGGUGCCAUGAUUGGCCUGACUGACUUACCUGGCAACCUGUGCUGGCGUCUUUCCCUAAUUCUUGAGUGUGUGUUCCCUGUUAUCGUCUGCCUGGGAAUCUAUACUCUCACUCCCGAAUCGCCCCGUUACUAUGUUUUAAAAGGUAACCGGCAAAAGGCCAAGGAGGUUAUCGCCAAGUACCACACCACCAGUACAGAUAUCAAUGAGCCCAUUGUCGAGACCGUGGUGAGGCAGAUUGAGGAGUCUCUCGAGGCAGAUAAGAGUGGUUACAGAGCUGCCUGGGAUUAUCGUGCCUUCUUCACGAAGACAGCCCGCUUCCGCCUAUUUAUUUUGGUUUUGUACUCGUUCUUCCAGCAAUGGAAUGGAGGUGGCAUCAUCACGUAUUAUUUGGUUCCUUCAUUACAGCAACUCAACAUUGAUGACUCUAAGCAACAACUCGGCAUCAACAUUGGCACCACUGGAGUCUACUUCGUCUUUACGGCAGUUGGCUCGCUUCUGGUUGACAAAUUGAACAGACGAACUUUGAUUUUCGUGGGCCUCAUCAGCAUGAUCAUCUUCCAAGUAGCCACAACCAUCACUGCAUGGCAGUACAGCCUCCACGCUACCAGUGCUGUCGCAGCACUCACACUUCUUUGGAUCUUCCUCUACCAAACCUUCUCGGCAACGUUCGUUGCGACCAUGCACAAUUUGUAUCCUAUCGAAAUUCUUUCCCUGCCACUUCGUGCUAAGGGAAUGGGUCUCUACGGUCUCAUUCAAGGCGGUGCUGGAGCCGCGCAGAGUUACGGAAUCGGAGUUGGUAUCGCAAAGGUCGGCUAUAAAAUUUGGGUGGUAUACAUUGUGUACAACUCGAUUCAGCUCGUUCUAUCUUAUUUCUUCUUCCCAGAGACCAGUAACCUCUCUCUGGAGGAGAUCAAUACGGUGUUCGAAACCCCCGGCGUUCACCCGGUGAAGAUGUCCAAGGACAUUCAGAAGGCCAAGAAGGAGCGUGCAGCGGCGAGCCGCGAUCAUGAGGGUAAUGCUGGAUAUUGA